AUGACCGCAAAGACUUUUCUACUUCAGGCCUCCGCUAGUCGCCCUCGUAGUAACCACUUUAAAAGUGAGCAUAAUAAUAUUCCAUUGGCCCCUGUACCGAUCGCCCCUAAUACCAAUCAUCAUAACCAUAGUUCGCUGGAAUUCGAAAACGAUGGCAGCAAAAAGAAAAAGAAAUCUAGUUUGGUGGUUAGAACUUCCAAACAUUGGGUUUUGCCCCCUAGACCAAGACCUGGUAGAAGGUCGUCUUCUCACAACACUCUGCCUUCUAACAACACUAAUAAUAUUCUAAACGUUGGUGCUAACAGCAGGAAUAAUAGCAACAAUAGUACCGCUUCGAACAGGAAGCAAGCUUCCAAAGAAAAGAGGAAGCCAAGACAUAUCCAGACGAUCGAUGAAAAGCUAAUAAACGACUCGAACUACCUAGCUUUUUUGAAGUUCGAUGACUUGGAAAAUGAAAAGUUUCAUUCUUCUGCCUCUUCCAUUUCAUCUCCAUCUUAUUCAUCUCCAUCUUUUUCAAGUUAUAGAAAUAGAAAAAAAUCAGAAUUUAUGGACGAUGAAAGCUGCACCGAUGUGGAAACCAUUGCUGCUCACAACAGCUUGCUGUCAAAAAACCACUAUGUGGAUUCUUCUUCAAAUGUUCACGCACCCCCCACCAAAAAAUCAAAGCUAAACGAUUUUGAUCUAUUGUCUUUAUCUUCGACAUCUUCAUCGACCACUCCGGUGCCACAGUUGACAAAAGAUUUCAACGUAAAUCUAAAUUUCCAUAAGAUUCCUCAUAAAACUUCAUUCCCUGAUUCUCCAGCAGACUUUUCCCCAGCAGAUUCAGUCUCGUUGAUUAGGAACCACUCCUUGCCCACUAAAUUGCAAGUGAAGGACAAAAUUGAGGAUUUGAACGAUAUCAAAUUUUUCAAUGAUUUCGAAAAACUUGAGUUUUUCAAUAAGUACGCCAAAGUUAAUACGAAUAAUGACGUUAACGAAAAUAAUGAUCUUUGGAAUUCUUACCUACAAUCGAUGGACGAUUCCGUGGGUAGGAACAUUGGUGAUAGCCAACAGGUAGACAAUGAUGAUAAUAUGUCUUUGUUAAAUUUGCCAAUUUUGGAGGAAACCGUCCCCUCUGGGCAAGAUGUCAAGAUUGAGCCAGACGAAGAAGACAUUUGGAAUUAUUUACCAAGUUCACAACAACAAGAUUCAGCACGUGUUUUGAACAAGAAUAUGAAUUCUGACAAAGCAAACAUGCAAACAAAUAACGACGAAACCUACUUAUUCCUUCAGGACCAUAAUGAAAGCACCAAUCCGCAUCAAGACGGCGAGCAAGGUUCAGAAAUCACUUUGGCUGACAAUAAGUUCUCUUAUUUGCCCCCAACUUUAGAAGAAUUGAUGGAAGAGCAGGAUGAUAACAACAGCAGGUCUUUCAAAAAUUUCAUGUUUUCUAACGACAACGGUAUACCAUGUUCAAACAUUGACGGUGGUACUGGUAAUGACGAUGAUGACUACACCAAAGUUUUAAAAUCUAAAAAAAUUUCUACAUCGAAGUCGAACGCAAACCUUUAUGACUUAAACGAUAAUAACAAUGAUGCAACUGUCACCAAUGAAUUCGAUCAAAGCAGUUUCAUCGAUGACCUCGAUGAAGACGUUGAUUUUUUAAAGGUACAGGUAUUUUGA